UCCUGAUCUCCUCCGGAUCUCCUCCAGGAGUCUCUCAUUUCCAUCUGAUCCCCCCCAGCAGCCGGAGCGCCUGUCCCAUGGUGUCCCCGGUGGAGGACUCCCGGGAAUCCACUCGUGUUCGCCGCUGAUUCAGGGGGUCUGAAAGAAGUCAUGGAAACGUGCUUUUUGAAUCACCUCCUCCUCUGUUGUGUGUCUGUGCUGCUGCUGCUGCCGGGGCCCCUCUGGGCUGGGACCCCCGGCUACAACCGCACCGCUCCGGUAACGGACGGCUUGGAUCGCUCAGCGGGAACAGAUGGACUCAGCGGCGCAGAAAGCGGCGCAACUUCUACUUCAUCCUCCAGCGAAAGUUUAUCCCCAUCACAGAGGGACCUCCUGCUCUCCCGCACCGCAGAAACACGCACAGCAGAAACACGCACCGCAGCAGCCAGGAGCCACGAAACAGAGCAAACAGAAGUGUUCACCGAAACAAGCAGCAAGUUUCAAGAUGUCACAAAUCUGUCCACGGAGCCACCUACCUCCUCCUUUAUAACCACCUCUGAUUUCAGCAGCAGUAAAAGUAGUUUUAGUAGUAGCAGCAGUAGCAGCAUCAGUAGUAGUGAUAGUGGUAGUACUAGAAGUAGUAGUAGUAGUAGCACUAGUAGUAGUAGCACUAGUAGUAGCAGUAGUAGUAGUAGCGGCCUUACUAACACAAACCAGAUGGCAGUGAUCUCCCACUCUGUGUCCACGGACGACCAUUCCUUGGUGCCAGAGGAUGAAACGUUGCCCCAGGACAGUCCGGAUACGACGCUCCGUUUGGGAGACGCAACGUCUUCGGAGUCGCAGACGGACACGCUAACUGGCAGCACCUACACAACCACUGUCAGCCGUGCUGGGGAGAGGACCCUGCUCUCUGUUACCUCCUCUAACAACAGCACCUCUCCUGCCUUCACUCAGGACUCGAGUUCCCUCCUGCCUCCGUCCACCUGGAGUAUUCCUCCCAGGCCCGCGGACACAGAGGGUUAUACUCAGAGCGCCCCGGCAACAAGGACUAAUGGUGAGGAAACAACAGAGCAGCAUGUGACUGGAACCUCUUUAGAGACUGAGGGGCCAGCAGGGGCCAAUGGAACCCCAGGUUUAACCGGACAGCCUAAUGCCACCAAGCAUCAGCUUUCUUUAACAUCUCAGGAGAUCACAGGUUCAACGCCUCCGCUCAGGGUGACGCAGCCCAGCACGGAUCAGUCAGAAACACCUGUUUCUUCCACUCCUCCUCUCACUUCGUAUGCAGAGGUUCCUGUAAACGCUUCUGGGACAGAUCCUGAUUCUGGAAGUAGUGAAAGAUCAUCCACAGAGAUGACAACUGGAGCCCACAGCCCCAACACCCAGAACCAGGAGGGCACAGAGGGGCUUUCAUCCCAAACCAGUGAGGGCAGCGUGAGCUUAGGUCUGACUGCCGUACCUUCUACAGUCAGCAGUUUAUCUGAUCUGGAGUCACAGACACACAUGCCAGGGACGGUUACAGAGACCUUCCUCUCCACUGUCCCAGUCACUGCCACUGAAAGAUCAGAGACAACAGUGGAAGUCACCUUUAAAUCCACUGCUUUUACAACCACCGCCAUGACCUCCACUGUGCCGCCCCUGCCAGCUACAUCAGCAGCAAUGCUGAGCAGCUCCUCCAGUGCUUAUACCACAGAGUCCACCACAGAGACCGCCCUCCCAUCCACCUCAAACUCCACCACAGCCUCCACCCCGGCCCUGCAGACCUCUACGGCGCUCCCUACAGUCCGCGUGACACCAAGCCAAACGCAGAGGCCUUCAACUAAAAUGACCAUCCCCACAAAAGCCACCACCGCUCAGACCGAGAUGACCACAGGGCACCAAAAACUCACUACAACAAAAAGUCAGUACAUCAUAACCACCAACAGUCCCAGCACUACAGCCAGCAGCACAGAGGCUCCGCCCACCACCAAGAAACAGACCGAUGGAGCCACAGAGGCGGAGGCGACCACCAGGUCCACCACCUUCCAAACUACCAAAGUGCCACGCGGAAAUCCCUGUGUGUCGAACCCUUGCCUGAACGGAGGGAUUUGUGUGAGCUAUAAAGGACCAGAGUACACCUGUCAGUGUCAGAAGGCCUGGACAGGAUCGACCUGCAACCAGGAUAUGGAUGAGUGUGAGCAGGACCCCUGCCCAGCUGGCACCACAUGCAUCAACACCAAAGGCUCUUUUAACUGUGAAUGUCCGCUCGGCUACGAUCUGGAGGACGGACGGACGUGCAGCAGAGCAAAGACAUUUCUGGGAACAUUCAGUUUCAACAGAAACGAUCAAAUAAAAAGGUCUGCUAUGUAUGAGAUUCAGAGAGAGCUCAUACAGCUGCUUAACAUCUCGUUAUCAGUGCUCCAAGGUUACAGCCGCUCAAUACUGAGGAAGAAGGAGCAGGGCGGGGUUCAAAUCUUGGCUGUCAACAUGUUUGCCGUCUCCACCAAUGUGACGACUACUGAAGUGUACAACAGCAUCCAGAUGUCUCUGAGCAACUGCAGCUCCUCGUUGACUCACUGCAGAAUGGUGCUGCAGCAUCAGCUGUCCUACCGCGUGGAGAGUUUAUGUGAAGCUCAGAAAACUCAAUGUGAUGCAGAACGCUCCACCUGCACUGACAGCAGCGGCACGGCUCAGUGCCAGUGUCUGCCGGGAUAUUACAAACACAAUCCAGAAGACGUGUCUUGCCUAGGUAAUGGAGACAUGCAGAUGUCGCCGUAUGCAGAUUUUCCCAAAAACAACCGGAUAUCCAUGGAGUGGGGCAGGGAGACCAUAGAGAUGCAGGAAAAUGGCAGCACCAAAAACCUGCUGCAGAUGACGGACAUUUACUAUUCUCCUGCUUUGCGUAACGCUGACCUGGAGCGAAAUGGCCUCUAUCCAUUCACGGGUAUGCCGGGAUCACGCCACUCAUGCAUUUACCCCGCCCAGUGGAACCCGUCGUUUAUAAGUGAUGACUCCCGGAGAAGAGACUACUUUUGAGAGCAUUUCUCUGGACCCACCGACUUCCUCUGAUUCUUACUGUCGUGCUGCAUUCUGAUAGUUUUUUUUGUCCCCGUCUGAUGGUUAUAAGGGAGUCAAUUAGGCCAUCUUGAAUCAGGGCUGAACACACAAACCUGUAAAAGUCUGUUUGUUGCUGCAUUUUAAUGUAACUUCAAGUUAAAUCUGUUUCCUGUUACCAUUUCAGUAUUUUUACAUGUUGAAUCAUCCCCCCGCUCCCUACAGGCCUCACAUUGGAGAAUGUUUUCUCUAUUUCAAUUACACAGUAAUUGUUCCAUUACGUUUAUUGUCCUAAUGUGAUCUCAGUUAUUGCUGUCUUGAUUUUUUUUACGCAUUUUAACCAGAGACAAUAUUCACCUAGUGCCUUUCAGGAAUUAACAAAAAAAAUGAAACAUAAUGCAGCAAACUGUCCAACAAUAUUUAAAAACAUUAGUAGCACAGCACUUGAAGUCCUGAUGCAUGGGUUCACACCACUGCUGUAAAAAUAAUCUGUUUUGAUAAGACUUUGAAAAAGGAAUAUUUUUCGAGCUUAACAAGAAAAUACAGAAUUUCAAAGUGUGGAUUAAUGCAGACAGUGACCAAAUAAUGAGUCUCUAACCUGAUGCUAGCUGUUAUUUAUGCACAGUUGUCCAUGUGUAACAUAACGGACGUUCACACUGACUGACUUUAAAGGGAUAAACCUGUGGCUUAAAGUGUGUGAGAGAGGUGGUUUGUAUGUGCACAAAGACUGUGUGUUUGUAUGGUGUGUGUGUCUGUGCAAAAUAAUAACUACCAGUUAUAACUCUCCAUACGUGUUUGAAUGUAAGGAUGUAUAAUAAUUAGCCGUUGCUGUUAUGGAUUAUUAUUUUUAUGAGUGUUUGUCCUUUUAUGUGUUUAUAUGAUGUGUUUAUUCUGCCGUUUUAGUCAGAAGUUUCUAUUUAAAUAA